AAGUGCAGCAGCUCGCAGCUCCUCUUCCUCCAGAUAUGAACUUUUCUUCGUGAAAGCUUUGCCUCAUGUUCGAAGAACCCAGGAGCUCACCACAUCAAACUCACACCGGAAAUGUCGACAGACCACGCCACGGAGCUCGUCAAUGCUCUCAAAGAUAUCAAGGACACCCUAGCUGCACAAACCGAGCACCUCAAGACAAACUCGUUGCUGCUCCAAGCGCUUCUAGAACUGAAUCAGAAGGAAGCGGGAAAGAGGUUGGCCGCGGUGCAACCGAAGAACAAGGACGCACCAAAGCCUCCGGACGUUGAAGCCAAGGCCCAUCAGGACAGUGGUAAACUGGAACAGCCUGGAGAAACAACACCCCCUCUCUACGCCAAGGCAGAACCCGAUCUCAUACCAAAAUGGGAAGUGCGUCCAGAGUGGAAACUGCGGGACAGUUACGUACUGCGUCUCAAAAAAGAACAAAAGGGGUAUCACAUCGAUGAUCACUUGUUCACAACACCGCGACCUCUCGACCCUCUACUGCACCAGCCUGGUGAAUAUCUGGGAUCGAGCUGGCCAGAAUAUUUUCAUGUGCCCUAUUCCUUUAGCAUGACAGGACGAGUAAAGGCUUGGAAAAACCCAGACAAAGGCAGCGCAGAAAGCAUGGGACUCGGGGAUUAUGCUGACAUUAUAAUAGACGUUUUGAACAACUUGUAUUCUGCAACUCAGUUUCUGGAAAACUUACACAAGGCUGCUGGGACUUUCAUAAUAUGGGAUUAUGACGCUUAUGGUGACCACUUCUGCUACUACCCGUCAGAUAUGAUGUGGAGUGACAGAGAUGAACUGUUUGACCUGUUCCCCGUUACAUACAACUCCAUUCGAUGGCACCGUUACAAUGAGCACCGGCGCAUUGACAGAUAUUACAAGUUGAUUCCCGAAGACAUAUACCUGGAGUUUUUCAAGUUACUGACGACCCGAGAACAUUGGUAUGCCAGCGAUUGGGCUACACGUGCCCGGAAAUGGCUUGACCAAGAAAAGUCCAGUACUGAUUCAAGCCCUUCCUUCAGGCCCUGGUAUCGCUUAAUAGACGUCAAUGGACUGGAGCGCAUUGACGGGCCUGACGUCAGCGGCCUCUCGCUAGCAGGUCAUCUGGAGCUGGCUGUCACACAACACCUGAAAGCUGACCCUCUUUGGGGGACUGCGAUCACCGCGAACGGACAAUGGGACACGUUUCAUAUCUCGUGGUAUCGCGUGUCUCCAAAACCUUACAAAUCUUGCUGGGGAUACGGCCCUCUAUAUUUAGAGGAAGGGUACUUUCUCAGCCGUCAAUCAUUCAGUGAACCCGGAGAUAACUUUUGGAACUCAUCAGUCAGUCUGCGAACUGGGAUAUUGGAGUUUAUCGACCGUGUCUUGGGCCGCGCGGCAAAGGAAUGGGCAGAACUCGAUCCUUAUUUCGAUCGUCUUGAUGCCAAGCGUGAGCUCAUCUUUAACCCGGAGCAACACGACAGCCUUCUCUUUGACGACAGACACUUCUCUCAAUCAAGACUCUACUUCUGGGCCAUCAACAGUCUUGGCAGAUUUAUCCAGGAUAUAAACGUUACGAUCGAACGGUGGGAGAGAUUUUGGGAUGAGAACAAAUGGGAUAUUCACAGAAGCGAACGGCACCUAGUGGACAAGCAGGACAAAACCAAAGGAAAGCUACGCAUUGGCGACAAAUCCGUUGAUGACUUUUAUGCUUCGAUUCUUUUACGGAUCCAAAGCUUAAAGAAUACUCGACAGAGAUUCGAAUCUAGGAGACAGAAGAUCAUCGAGUACAGAGACGGGCUUUUCAAUGCCAGCAGUGUCAUCGAGACCCGGGAAGCAACGAGACUGAGCCAAAAUGUUAAGCUAUUGACCUUUGUCAGUAUCUUCUACCUCCCGCUGGGCUUUUGCAUGUCGAUGUGGAGUAUCAAUGAAGACUACAACGCCACCAACCUCGUCAUUGUCACCAUUUGCAUCGGGCUGGCAACCUAUGCGGUGGUUGCGAACCUUGAGACAACCGUGCGUGCCCUCCAACGCGGUGUCUCACUGCUAUUCAACACACCUAGGCAGCGUCUUGUAAAGAAGAUGAUGGAGGAGAGGGACACACGGUGGAGAUUCCUCGGCGAGGAAAUGUCAAAGGUACCAUUGAGCAGGGAGGACGCAAAGCCAAGCGAGUGGCUCAUCUUUGGGUACUGGUGUACGACCAUCUACCGCAGCUUUAAGAGCCUUCGCGAAACGAAACAAGAACGCGUUGAAGAAAACGAAAAACCCGCGGAAGAGCCUCAAGAAGCCGAAAAGAGAAACCCGCGGAAAUUCAUCAACGUGAUCAUGCAGACGAACGCAAAGCGCAGACGGAAUAUAUGA